AUCAAUCAACGCUAAAGCAUGGUGAAACUUUUAAUCUAUGGCUUGGAGGCAAGUCCGCCGACGCGUGCCUGUUUGCUGACACUCAAGGCGCUGGAGCUGCCCUUCGAGCUUGUGCACGUUAAUUUGCUGAACGGGGAGCAUUUGACACCUGAGUUUCUGCAAAAGAAUCCACAGCACACGGUGCCGAUGCUGGAGGAUGACGAAGGCUGCAUUUGGGACUCGCAUGCCAUAAUGACCUACCUGGUGGGUAAAUAUGGCAAAGAUGAUGCACUGUAUCCUUUGGAUCAUCAUCAGCGUGCCAUUGUGGAUCAACGGCUGCACUUCGAUUCGGGUCUCAUGUUCACCGGUGCACUGCGUCCCAUAACAAGAGGUAUCCUAAUGCUGGGAGAAACAGUCAUCGAACAGUCUCGAAUUGAUGCCGUUGCUGAAAUCUACGAUCUAGUGGAAUUGUUUUUGGGUGAUAACGAUUUUGUGGCUGGCAAUGAGCUGACCGUAGCUGACUUUAGCUUUGUAUCAUCGAUAAGCGGCUUGUGGAUCUACCUGCCGAUAGAUCCGGCUAAGUAUCCCAAAAUUUUGGCCUGGCUGGAACGUAUUAAGGAGCUGCCCUACUACGAGGAGGCCAAUGGCAUGGGCGCUACACAACUAGAGACAAUUGUUAAGUCGAAAAACUUUACAAUUGCAACCUAGGUUGCAUUUUAUUAAAAUAAAUUCCUAAGUUAACUAAUAUAUGUUAAUUAGCUAACACAAACCAUUUAUUUGAAUAGCAGAUUAUAAAAACACUCUCUUUAUGGUGAAAUAUUUGUUUACCAAAGUAUAAUGGAAAAUGCAGAGUCACGACGCGUCAGCGCAUUGAAGAGAGCGCGAUCACAGUUAAAAUAGCUUAUUUACAAAUACUUCAAACACUAAGAGAGCAAGCAAUCGACUAGUCAGCAUAAGCAUAUGUUUCCACGUAUAGUGAGAGAAGAAGAGAAACUACUAGAACAGCCAAUGAACAUUUAGCGAACAGUAAAUUUCUAAAAAUAACUAAGAGAGCAUGAGCUAAGCAAAGUUCAAUAGCAAACAUCUAAGCACCUACUUAUGCACUGCUUAAGUUCUGUGUUACUUGCAUAAAAAUAAA